AAACCAAGCAAUAGCACAGCAGCUGUGCAAUUAAAGAAUAAGAAAUAAAUUGCAAAUUAAACGCAGACAGUAAUCAAAAUGGCUCAGGAUAUGCUGCUCGGCAAUGAAGAGCCCAGCAACAACAAGGAGACAUUUCUGCAGCAGUUCUGCCUGCUGGCCAAGAACGCAACCGGCGCCGCGCUGCUGGAUGUCAUAAAACAAGUGCUGGACGCGCCGAAUGUGUUUGUGUUCGGUGAGCUACUGGCGGAGCCCAAUGUGGCCGAACUGAAAGACGGACCCGAUGCCAAGUACUACAACACGCUGAAUUUGUUCGCCUACGGCACCUACAAACAGUUCCGGGCACAGCAGCAGGAAUACAUUGAACUGACGCCCGCGAUGCAGAAGAAGCUGCAGCAUCUGACCAUCGUCUCGCUGGCCAUUAAAUCCAAAAGCAUUCCGUAUGCAGUGUUGCUGAAUGAACUGGAAAUCGAUAAUGUGCGACACCUGGAGGAUAUCAUCAUAGAGGCCAUUUAUGCAGACAUCAUACAUGGCAAACUGUUUCAGAACACACGCAUUCUGGAGGUCGACUAUGCCCAGGGGCGUGACAUACCCCCUGGCUAUACAGGCAAGAUAGUGGAAACUCUGCAGGCGUGGGUCAAUUCCUGUGAUGGUGUCUCCAACUGCAUUGAAAUGCAGAUUAACUAUGCAAAUGCCGAGAAAGCCAAGCGCCUGUAUAACAAGGAGCGCAUCGAACAGGAGCUUAUCAAUUUGAAAAAAGUUCUGAAGAGCCAGGCCUCGGACAGUGAUGAGAGCAUGCAAAUUGACACACAUGGGCCGGGCACAAGUGGCACCAGCGGCAUGAGCCAAUCGGAGGUGCGCAAGAAGCCCACAAAAAUGAAGAAUCCACGCAGCAGUGCGGUUGGUCUUAAAUUCAGCAAGUGAGUGCAGGCCGGCCGAGUGCCAAGAAGCCUGCUCAGGCCUAAUUCGGCGCCGCGGGGCAGCUGAGAACUGGCACAUUCGGCAUGUACUGGAACCAAAAUGCAACUCAUUUAAAGACUUAAUACAGCAAUAGCAGCCGCAUUCGCACCAGCAUACACGCACCCUCUGGUAUCCAUAAUUAGUCAUUAAACUUAUUGCUAAAUAAUAACAAUUAAAAAUACAGUUCAGCAAAUUUCAAAUAAAAUUC